CAGCGAUAGACUGGGUACAAAACGACACCAUAACUAACACAUAAAACGCCAACACAAAAACAAUUCAGUAAUGAAAUAAAAGGGUAUUAUGAUUUACGUCAUCCGAAAAAGUUGCAGUUAUUUUGGUUUGUUUUCUUUCCGUGCGGAGGAGAAGAGAGCUCCGGUUUGUCUUUUGGCACCUGCUGCCUGUGAAGCUGCUUCGCCGUUCCGGGUUCGAGACGGUUGCGCCCCGUCUAAAGGUUCGUUCCUCCGCCGCCUUCUGUAAAUUUUCGCUCCCGAAGAAAUCAUACUUUAGCCGAUGAUCCGACGGCCUCGUCGGGAACCUCCUGUUGUGUUGAAUUUCGGAGUGGAUCUUUUCCUUUCCGGUCCGUUUUAUCCAUUUACUGCCUUGGUGGAUGUGGGUUUUCGAGAUUCGGUUUUGGCAAUGUGGGGGGAAGGAGAUGGAAUCGAUGGAGGCUCGAAUUCGUUUAGGUUUCCAACGGUUGAAAUCUUGUUUCCACUAUGUAUCCAAGAUUUUCAUUUCUUGCCGUAUGAUUUUCUUGACGGGAUUUGGCCAUCCUUGCUUCGGUUGUAGGUUUCGUGCUGCUCGGGAUUAUUGGGUCGGUUCUGUUGCUGUCAAAUAUGAGCUUCACGGGUCCGUCGAUGGCUUCUGGUGGGAAGACUGCUAGAAGAGCAUUCGAUUUUGGGAAGACAUAUGUGGUUAGGCCCAAGGGCAAACAUCAAGCGACUGUGGUUUGGCUGCAUGGACUUGGUGAUAAUGGCUCAAGUUGGUCCCAGCUCUUGGAAGCCCUCCCUCUUCCAAAUAUUAAAUGGAUAUGUCCAACCGCUCCAACUCGACCUGUAACUCUGUUUGGUGGUUUCCCAUCUACAGCAUGGUUUGAUGUUGAGGAACUUUCGGAGGAUGCUCCAGAUGACUUGGAGGGUCUGGAUGCUGCUGCAACACACGUUGCAAACUUAUUGUCAACAGAGCCUGCUGAUAUUAAAAUAGGCAUUGGAGGCUUCAGUAUGGGUUCAGCGACCGCUCUAUACUCUGGGACCUGCUUCUCGGUUGGGAAGUAUGCAAAUGGCAACCCGUUUACAGCUAAUUUGAGUGCUGUUGUUGGAUUAAGCGGCUGGCUUCCAUGUGCAAAGACAUUGGGUAAACAGCUCGAAGGAGCGGAUGGAGCAGCUGACCGUGCUGCAUCUCUCCCUACUUUGUUAUGUCAUGGAAAAGCUGAUGACGUGGUCUCACACAAAUACGGCGAGAAGUCCUCUCGUGUGUUGACCUCGCUUGGAUUCAAAGAUGUAACGUUCAAAUCAUAUAACAGCCUUGGACAUUACACAAUCCCUCAAGAGAUGGACGAGGUAUGCGCCUGGCUAUCUUCCAAAUUGGGGCUCGACACCAGCUCCUCAUCAAAGUAACAUGGGAAGUGGAAGUCUGAAAAGAGGGAUGUUAACAACUGAUGAAACAAACCAGUGGAGCCACAAGUGGUUCUAGAUAUGCAAGGCUAUCCGGUGGCGGUUCACAUUAUUAGUGUAUUAUGAGCAAUGAGAAACUUGGGUUACUUGCUACUCUUCUGAAUCAUGAGAUUGAAUGUAAUUUAGUAUUUACUCUUUGAUACAUAUAUUCUGUGGUAUUUUGACGACCAUAAUGUACAAUUGAAUCCAUUUGGUGUACUUUCUUUUGAUGCCUGAUGGAGUACAAUAGUGGAAUAUACAUAAUACAACAUA